AUGUCGCGUACUGCCAAGUUCACCCUUAUGGGAUCCCUCUUUACGACCACUCUCAUCGUGUGGGGCGUGCACUACAUGCAACAGUCUGAGCGCGAUACAAUGUACCAAGGUGUUCUGAGGGAUGACGAGAGGCGGAAACAGAAGAUGAAACAGCGCGAAGAAGACCUCCAGCAGUCCCUCGAGAAGCGAGAGCUUUACGAACGCGUUCAAAGCGUAUCAAACCCUGCUCCAGGCCCCACGAGCUCGAGAUGA